CGAUUUCCUUCGGCAGAUAACGGGACAGAAUCCGUUAUCCACGGGGAAUAAGGAUCAAAGAAAGGAGACUUGGAUCGAGACCACAGCCUUCCACACCACACAAGCGGCUUCAGCGGCAUCCAACUUCCCCUCUCUGGUUGGGAUGUGGUGUUGGUAUGUGGCAUGGAAGGGAAGAAAAGAUUGGAGCCAACUCCGCCGUUAUUGUUAUAAAACCUGGGACCUCAACCUCAAGAUCCGGAAGCCAACAAACGCGUUGCAUGUGAACAGGAAUUGAGGAGAGCCAGAAGCCAAACGCCUCUCAUAUUUCUCGUGAGGACGAUUCCUUUGCUGAUCCUUCUCCCGUGUCUUCGCUCUACCAUUCCCGCCGGACGCCGGCAGUUCCCCGGCGGGCGGCGCUGACGACGAAGACCAUACCGACGGAGAGCCGUUUCCCCUUCUCCUUUCCUUCUUCCUCCCGCUGACUUUGCUUAAAGAACCAUGGAACAUGACCCCAGCAGAAUACAUGAGUCCUCCAGAAGGAAUCAGGAUAGUGAUAUUGAUGCCCCAUCUUCCUCUGUAUCACCUAGUAUUCGCCUGAGCUUGGAUUCAUCCGGUCAAAGGAAUUUCAGGAGGAGCGCUUCAUCUGGUACAACUGGCAAUGCAAGUUCUUUGAGAAGAAGUUCUAUUAGCAUUUCUCGUGGUGGAUCUAACCCGAUCGUUGAGGGUGUUCCAAAUGAUACUGCUGCACCAGUGGGAGUUAGUGGGGAUCAAGCAGUGAGUGAUGAGAUGGUCAUUAGGGGAGCAAGACAGGGCUCAUUAAGUGGAAUGAGUAGAAGGGGUUCUUUGCAGAGGGGGUCAAUUAGUCUUUCUCGGGAUGUGGGUGACCGGAUACUUGAUUCAAUCAGACUUUCACAUGAAUUAGUAGAUCAUAUGCUUGGGGAUGUUGACAGUGCGAUCGCCCAAGUGGGUGAUAGAGGGGAUAAAGCAGUGGCUGAGGAUAGGGUAGAUGAUGCUGGAAAUGUUGAGAAUGGACCUACAACUCUCCCUGAUGAUGCAUUAAUGAUAUCAAUUGGCUUUCAGUCCCAUGAUCCAAUCUUGUUAUCACCUGUGUCACCAUUGAUGGACGAGAUCAUUUCUCCCCCUGCAACUCAUGCCAUCCUUAGUUCAACCGAGAAGGAUCAAAUGCAAAAGAGUACAUCACUCAAAGAUAAGCAGUACAGGCUCCCUCGAAGAUUGGACUACGUUUUCUAUUUGAUUUUCUUAGCCGUUUUUGGAAUUUUUGGGGAAUUUACAAGGUAUUUACUACAGAAGCUCUUUGGCCCUGGUGGCCCUCUAGCCUUCACAGGGGAUGGUGCACUUUACCUUGAUCUUCCCUCUAAUAUGUUAGGUUCCUUUCUUAUGGGGUGGUUUGGCUUCGUGUUCAAAGCACAGAUACGUGACGUAUCUGAGCAUUUAGUUGUUGGACUGACAACAGGGUACCUGGGAAGUCUCACCACCUUCAGCGGCUGGAAUCAGAAAAUGCUUGAAUUAUCUUCCAAGGGUCAUUGGGUGCAAGCUGUGGUUGGCUUCAUAAUAGGGAUGUCCAUGGUUGGUAUAAGCAUCCUGGUCGGCGUUUCAUGUGCUGAGGGGCUCCAAAGAAGCUGUUCAGGCUGUUUUGCCAGGAGGUUAGGGAGAGCUGGAUGCAGCCUGAAAAACUUGAGAGUGCAUAGCUUCAGUCGGCAUAUAAUGGUCAUGAUAGUUAUGUUACUGCUAUGGGCCCUUGUUAUGGUUUUGAGUGGGGUGUUGGCUCGGACCAAGGUGGAUAGUCUUACCAAUGGUGCUGUUCUUUGGUUGGGGUGCUUAGUGGGACCUCCAGGUGUGUGGAUCCGCUGGUACCUGGCUAGGUUCAAUGGCCAAGGGCUGGGAAGGAAAGGAAGGUUCAAAUGGCUCCCCAUUGGGACAUUGUCAGCCAACAUUCUUGCGGCAUGUAUUAUGGCUGCACUUGCAACGAUAAGCAAAGCGGUAGACACAAAGAGAUGUUCAAUCAUUGUGAGGGGCAUCCAGUUCGGCUUCCUUGGCUGCUUGAGCACUGUUUCAACCUUUAUUGCAGAGGUAUAUGCCAUGUGGCAGAGUGGAUACAGGGCGAGGGCAUUUGCUUACACUGCCAUCACCAUCCUUCCGUCAUUUGCAUUGGGAACUCUUAUUUACUCAGUUCCUGUAUGGACCAAGCAUUACAAUUAGGAAGAGUGAUCUGAAAUAUUCUGUACACACAAUAAGGUUUGGUUAUAGGUAUGAUUUCUUAGGAGUCAUCAUGGUGUAAAUGGAGGGUGAGCCUUGGAACAAUGGUAAAGAUGCUUCAUUGUGACUUGAAGAUUACGGAUUCAAAACACGAAUCGCUUCUCGACAUGUGAGAUAAAGCUGCAUAUAUCCGACCCUCCUCAUAUCCUAUAGUCACGGGGGUCUCAUGCACUGAGCCAUUCUUUUUUCGCCAUGGUGGAAAUGAACCUUAUUACUCAUGACAAUGGUUUUGCAUUGCAUAUCGGCUCCAGCCCAACUUGCAGAAUGAUUGCUGAUUUGCUUCUGCCUCUGAUGUUCCAAUGUUACCAUUCUCCUCCCACAAGAUGCCGAAUUAUUAUUAGCCUGUAGAUUAUCAUACGACAGGUGUGCUUUAGUAACCCUUUACUGUAUCGAUGCAGAGACACAUUAGUGUGGUUCACUUUUCUUAUUUUAUGUACAUCUCAAUCUAAGGAGUGAAUGAGUUAAAAACCUUUCAUUAGAUCAAUGCAGAGAGCCUUCACAUCAUUUACUGUUUACAAUUCGACACAGAUGGGAGCACAUUGGCUGCUAGCAAGCAUGGAAUAGCAAUUUUUAUGCAGGCUUAAUUUUG